AUGAUAAUUCUUGACGAGAAGAUGUCAACGCUCUUACCCCCGCCUCCGUACUCCGCGACAUCGCAGCCCCACCAACCUUCCGCCCGCAGGGACAUCCGCCGUUCAACUUUUGCCGACUUUCCACCCCACCUUCUCCUUCGCUUCGUCUAUGAAGUCUUCCCUCGAGAACAGCCCGAGGGGCAGCGCCAGACCCUCUACUGGAUCACCAUGAGCCUCCGGCUAGUCAACCGUGCGCUAUACAUUGCUUGCAUGCAUGUCCUCCGCUCGACCUAUCUCCCAACAUACAGCACACUCAUCCGCGUACCUUACACUUCCGAUCCGUUCCCCAUGACCUCCGCAGAUUCGGCGCUUUCUUCUCUUAAUUCGCUCCAGCGCGAGACGCGCGUACUGGACCUCUUCAUUGCGCUUAAAAUCCGCGAAGAUGUCUGGACGGACGACUCGGAGCUCCAUCUUGAGCGCGAAGAGAGCUUCAAAGACCUUUUCGACCUUAUGCAGCCGCGUGCCCGUCUCGAGGACCUUGUCCGCGUUUACGGCGUGCGCGAUGGACUGGUCUCACCAUCGGCGCCGGCGACAACAAGGGCUCAACAAAUCCCAUUCGCUUUAUUGUCGGUGUCGUUUUCUCCACGCAAGAUCGGGCUCGUCUUGACGACCAAACAGCGCAAGCGGACGAUCGUGGAGAUCGUGCGCGCGCGCGAGGAUUCGCUGGAAACUUCUGCAAGGCAGCUCACAAGGGAGCUCCGGUCGUGGGUGGCGGGACACCUGCACUAUAUGGAUUUGUAG